ACGACAAUCAAGAGAUGUGUUUAGCAGUGAAGUGGAGAAGAGCAGUGCUUGAUCUGGAGCUCCCAGCUCUGCCUUCACAUGCCCAAGCAACAGAGGAGGAGACACACAAACUCUCUGACAGCACUCUGGAUCACACUGCAACGCUCUUUCAGUCAUCUGCAGAGGAGGACUGAACCUGAACCGAGCUCAGGCCAAUGAUGGAGAGAUCGGACAGUCUGGUGUCGGCGGACUCUGAACUGGCGCAGUGUGAGACGGAGGUCAACACGUUACUGAAGAUCAUUUCUGACCUCAACAGGAAGAUGGACUCCUUACAAAUACCACGAGAAAGUCCAGUCGGGGUCAGUGGGUGCGUCCCACAGCAGGGCUCGAUGGUGGACGCUGGCACAGCAUCAGUGGAGUCCAAGACCAAAGACGUCUGCAGGGACUCAGAAGGGGGCAGCAGUGAGCUUUGGAACCAGCUGCAGAAGGUUCUCUCUGCUCUUGAGGCGUCUAGUGGUCAGGGGAGGAAAAUGCUCAGGCUGCAUACUCAGAAUGCUGAGACAAUCCAGGCAAAGCAUCUCUCUGCAGCCCGGGAGAGCUGGGUUCAGGCCACACAGGUGCUGGAGGAGAUGGAGAGGGAUUUGGGGAUCUCGUACCCCUCUGCUCUGCCCCCUGAUGAGAGACGUCAGUAUCAGCGGGAUGUUCUCUCACUCUACAAACACAACCAAGACCUCAACAACUCCAUGAAGAGCCGUCAGGAAGAGCUUGUGGGUGCUGAAAGAACUCUGGUGGAUCUUGAGGACGAGAAAAAGUGGCUACAGGAAAAGGUGGUGGACCUGAAGAGGAAAUGGCUGUAUGGAGUGAGUCGUUCUCCUCCUGUUAGUCCUUCACUGUCCUCCAGUCGAACUUCAAGUCCUUGCUUUUCCUCUCCUCCAUAUCCUGGAUCCCCGCUGCUGUCCCGCAAACUACCCAGCUCCAGGCCGGACUCCCCUUCGUCUCCCUGCACCGUUGAUUCGGUGCUGCAGACUGAGAUCGAAAAGCUGCAGAGGUGUCUGGAGCGUCUGAAAGCUAGGAAUGAGCGUCUAAAUGCCGCACUGGUCAGAAGGAAAGGUGAAUCGGAGCAGCUGAGCAUGAGUCUUAGCCGACAGGAGGCAGACAACUCGGCUCUACACAUGGCUCUGGCAUACUGUGAGGAGUGUGAGGAGGCUUACAGUGACCUGCUGUCCCUGUGCGAAGCCAGUAAACAACAGAACGCAGAAAUACUUAGCACACCCCAACCUGAGAACUUGGAGAAAGGCGAGCCAUCCUCCAGUCCUCCAGAGAGCACUGCUGAGACCGAACCAAACAGCCAAAAUGAAAAGAAAAAAAAUGAAAAAGACAAAAAUGUCCCUAAGGAUGCACAAACGAUGCACUCAUAUACUGAGGAGAUGUCAGAGAUGCGUGGGAAUCUGCGGCUCCUGGCGAAAGAGAGGCGGUGUUUGGACCUGACGCUGAUGGUCCAGAGUGCCCAGGAUUCUGCUGGUGCUCUGAUCCUGGACAGUCUGCGAGAUGAGCUGGGGGAGAGGAGAGCCACUCAACAGAGAAUUGCUGAAAAUAUGGCAAAACUAGAAGGUGGAGGGGGAAUUCCUGGUCCUCGGAAUCACUCUAUCCUAAGAGAACUACAAGCAGCAUUGCAAAGGGAACAGUCACUGAGGAAGAGAGUGGCAGCUUUACGUGAGUCGCUGGACUCGGCGCUCACAGACAGCACUACUCAGAGAAGGAUCAACAGAGAGGAGAUUGCGCGUCUCUCCCACUACUACAUUAAAGUUUCAAGCACCUACAGAAGUUCUCGAAAGAAGCACCAGGAGCAGCUGUGGUGACUGGAGAAGCAAAUCGCAGUAAUGGGUGAACGACAUGCUAAAGAAGAGGCCGAGCUAAGUACUACACUAGAAGCUAUGGAGUGGAGGAGAGAGGAGACAAUACUCUAGACAGUGCAGUUCUUCUUGGUAUCAUUUUAUUGACAAACAUUUAUGAAAGCUAAUGAUGAACAUUGAUUUUGAGUGAGGUUGGGCAGAAACACUGAGCAUAUAGAUCAUUGACCUACAAAACUAAAAUUGCAGCACCAGGAUGCACCAUUUGUCAAUAAGGUAAUUGCUUUGCUGGCUCCUAUUGGUGUAGAUGCAGCAUCACUCAAAAGUUUGGUUACCUACCUGAUUGUAGGAAUACUCUUCAAAGGCAUAUUUUUCUCCCAUGUGAAAAAGUUUAACUGAACAUUUAUUAGCCAUUUUGACAGUUUGCUGGAAUGUACAUCAUGUAAGUAGACAAGUAGCCAAGUGCAAAGACUGCAAGUAUACCUAUUGGGAAAGACCAGCUAUUCUAGGCCUUGAUAUUACUAAUAUAUCUCUAUAUCAUCAUGUCAGUGUACAUCAUUUUACAAAUAUUUGCUUGUAAGUAUUAUUCCUUUCUAUUUGUACAGAAACAUGUAUGUGAAAAAUUGCAUGCGAAUUUUGUGUAUCAUUUUAAAAGUUAUGUUUUUUUUUGCAUAAUGAAUAAAACAGUUACAGUUUUG